UGACUCCUCCUUUCUGUCAUCUCAUCAGGUUUGGUCUAGAUACACGUCUCUCAGCACUCCAAGCCGUUGAUAUGCAGAGACAGAGAGAGUAACGUCCUCUCCUCCCAUUAGAUAAAGAACUAAGUCGGUGGAUACGAGACUAGCAUCCUUAAUUCCUUAACAAGAAAGAUCAAAAAGAGAGGCUAGCUUUGGCUGGUUCUUGAGAAAGAAAAAAACAUGAAGUUUUGCAAGAAAUAUCAGGAGUACAUGAAAGGACAGCAGAAACAACUACCCGGGGUUGAUUUCAAAAGGCUCAAAAAGAUUUUGAAGAAGUGUAGGAAAGACUUUGAAUCUCACCAGGACCAUGAUGGCCAGUCCUGUCCUCACCAUUGUCCCGUGUGCGAUGGUACCUUUUUCCCUUCCCUUGUGAAGGAAAUGUCUGCAGUAGUUGGUUGCUUCAAUAAACGUGCCCAGAAAUUACUUGAGCUGCACCUGGCAUCUGGGUUUCGAAAAUACUUCAUGUGGUUCCAAGGCAGGUUACUAAAAGACCACGCUGCCUUGAUUCAAGAAGGCAAGGAUCUGGUUACCUAUGCACUGAUCAAUGCUGUUGCAGUUCGAAAAAUACUAAAGAAAUAUGACAAGAUCCAUUACUCCAAGCAAGGACAGGCCUUCAAGUCAAAAGCUCAAAGUAUGCACAUUGAGAUCCUUCAGUCCCCAUGGCUUUGUGAGCUUAUGGCUUUUCACAUUAAUUUAAGGGACACACAGGUCAAGUCAAGCAAGGCCCCUGCAUUGUUCGAGGGGUGCUCACUAACUUUUGAUGAUGACAAACCAUCACUCUCUUGUGAGCUUUUUGACUCCAUCAAGCUUGAUAUUGAUUUGACCUGUUCUAUAUGCUUGGAUACUGUAUUCGAUCCAGUUUCUCUAACAUGUGGCCAUAUAUUCUGCUAUAUGUGUGCUUGUUCUGCUGCUUCAGUGACCAUUGUCGAUGGACUCAAGGCAGCAGAACCUAAAGAAAAAUGCCCUCUAUGCCGGAAGAACGGAGUUUACGAAGGUGCCCUACACUUGGAAGAGCUUAAUAUUUUAUUAAGCAGAAGUUUCCACGAGUAUUGGGAGCAACGACUUCAGACGGAAAGGAUAGAGAGGAUUCGGCAGGUGAAGGAGCACUGGGAAUCUCAGUGUCGAGCAUUCAUGGGUGUCUAGUUCGGAAUUUCUUCUCCUAGUUGUCAUUAGAUCGAUUUAGGCGUAGAUAACAUGCUGUAAAUCUUUCCCAAUUCCCAUAAUGUUACUGUGUUAAUGUCUUCCGUUCCUCAAGCCAGGACUGCCGCAAUUCAAGUUAUUGGACAGGCGAUGUUGAUCUGCUUGGCUUGAUCGGAGCACUGUUACGUUGCAUGUGUAGAUUUACAACCUCAGAGAUUGAGAAUAGAUUAUUGCUUUAAAUGAAAGGAAUCUGUUUCUUUC